UGUUCUCUCCCACUCUCCAAUUUCUUCUGAAAAGAAAAACCCUAACCUUUCUCUCUGUUCCCUCUCUUCCUCUCUCACAUCCGAUACUACCAGGCCAGAUCCUCUGAGAUGUUCGGGUCCACCAACGUAACCCGCCCCAAUCGGAAACUCCUCCGUUUCACCUGAGAUCCCCUUAUGCCGCCUCCAAGUGCGCCGCGCACUGGUACACCGUCAACUACCACGAGGCCUACGUGUAACGGGAUCCGGAAGAUCACCCGAGCGGUGGGUCGGCUCAAGAUCGGGCUCCAGAGCAAGCUGUUCUUGGGAAACCUGCAGGCUUCGAGGGAUUGGGGGUUUGCCGGGGUUUGCCGAGCUGUAGUAGUGAAGGUACAAUCUCUGCUUCUCAAUCUCUUGCGCCCCUCCCGCUUCUCGAAUCCUCGCCAUCCGCAUAAGCAACAACAAAGAGUGGGGCAGAUUCUCUGGUAUUCAAGCUCGAGGUUUUGGCAUUACCAUUGCAUCAUAAACCACUUUUCCCAGGAUUUUACAUGCCAAUCCUUGUUAAGGAUGAAAGCUCUACAGGAAAGUCAGGAACGGCAAGCCCCUUAUGCUGGUGCUUUCCUCGUAAAAGAUGAGCCAGAUGCUGAUCCUAGUGUAGUAUCUAGCUCCAACACAGAAAAAGUGUAUAUGAUUUAAAAGGAAAAGAGUUAUUUAACCAUCUUCACGAAAUUGGGACUCUUGAUCAAAUUACAAGUAUCCAUGGGGAUCAAAUCAUUUGGCUGAUUAUCUUGCCAAAUCAGGUUGCUUUCGCCAAUGUGAAAUUUGGUCUUUGUUGAGGAAUUAGGUGCUCUAUGCUCGAAUUUUGGAUGCUGAUUUGAUGCGGUUUUCAUUGCUGGCAUGUGCCUGAGUUUGCUAUAUUGCUUCUGCUGGUUUUUGGCUGAUGGAAUUAAGAAGUUACCACUGCUGUUGCUGUUCUGAAGUUGCUGUUUGGUGGGCAUUUUUGCUGCUGCAUAAAUUUGUUGUUAUUUGUGCUGUUAUGGUGCUGUGAUUGCUAUUCUUGCUGCUGCAUCUUCUUUUGCGGAAACCUGCUGAUGUGUUGUUGUUUGGCUGUUAUCUGCUGCUCUUUUGUGCUGAGAGGAGUUCUGUUUUCUGUUAUGUGCUGCUAGUUUUUUACCUUGCAUUUCCUGCUGUACAGCAACUUUGAAUUAGUGCAGCUUUCUUGCUGUUUUGAUUACUGUUUUUUUUAUUGCUGAACCUUGCUUGUUUUAUGGUUCCUGUUUCCUUUUUGUAUUGUUGUUCUCUCUUUGCUCUUUUAUGAUUUUUGCUGUAGAUUGUAAACUUCUAUUCCCAUGAGAAGCUUUCUCUCAUGGCUUUUUAUAUAUUAUUUCUCUUGUUUCGA